AUGACGGCAGUGUAUGCGAAUGGAGGAAGCCUGGUGAACCCCCACUGCGCCAGGUGGGAUCGGCGGGACAGCGUGGAAAGUGACUGUCAGACGGAGUGCAGCAAGGAGGAGGCGGGGCAGCCCCGCCAGCUGACUCCCUUCGAGAAGCUGACGCAGGACAUGUCCCAAGAUGAGAAGGUGGUGAGAGAGAUCACUCUGGGGAAACGGAUUGGCUUCUACCGAAUCCGAGGGGAAAUUGGAAGUGGAAACUUUUCCCAAGUAAAGCUCGGGAUACACUCCCUAACCAAAGAAAAAGUGGCCGUUAAGAUCCUGGACAAGACCAAAUUAGACCAGAAAACGCAAAGGUUACUAUCUCGAGAAAUCUCCAGCAUGGAAAAACUGCACCAUCCCAACAUCAUCCGCCUUUAUGAAGUUGUGGAGACCCUAUCCAAGCUCCACUUGGUGAUGGAGUAUGCAGGGGGCGGGGAGCUCUUUGGGAAAAUUAGCACUGAAGGGAAGAUGUCAGAACCAGAAAGCAAGCUCAUCUUCUCCCAGAUCGUGUCCGCUGUGAAGCACAUGCAUGAAAACCAAAUUAUUCAUCGAGAUCUAAAGGCAGAAAAUGUAUUCUAUACUAGUAAUACUUGUGUGAAGGUGGGCGAUUUUGGAUUCAGCACAGUAAGUAAAAAAGGUGAAAUGCUGAACACUUUCUGUGGGUCUCCUCCCUAUGCUGCCCCUGAACUUUUCCAAGAUGAGCACUAUGUUGGCAUUUACGUGGACAUCUGGGCCUUGGGGGUGCUUCUGUACUUUAUGGUGACUGGCACCAUGCCGUUUCGGGCAGAGACAGUGGCCAAACUGAAGAAGAGCAUCCUCGAGGGCACGUACAGCAUGCCUCUGCAUGUGUCGGAGCCCUGCCACCGGCUCAUCCGAGGAGUCCUUCAGCCAAUACCCACAGAGAGGUAUGGGAUUGACCACAUCAUGAACAAUGAAUGGAUGCAAGGGGUACCAUACCCCAUCCCUUUGGAACCCUUCCAACUGGAUCCGAAACAUUUGUCAGAAACCAGCACCCUCAAAGAAGAAGAAAAUGAGGUCAAAAGCACUUUAGAACACUUGGGUAUUACAGAAGUGCAUAUUCGAAAUAACCAAGGAAGAGAUGCUCGAAGUUCAAUCACAGGGAUCUAUCGAAUCAUUUUACAUAGAGUCCAAAGAAAAAAGGCAUUGGAAAGUGUCCCAAUAAUGAUACUUCCAGACCCUAAAGAAAGGGACCUAAAGAAAGGGUCCCGUGUCUACAGAGGUAUAAGACACACGUCCAAAUUUUGUUCAAUUUUAUAA